AUGAUUUUGAGGUAUUUCUUCCAGAACAGCCGUCACAAUCCUGUGAAAUGCAUGGUGGCUACUACUGAUCCACACUCAGAAGAAGUAUAUAAAGCAGGGUUCGAGGUCGGGAACCAUGGUGAUCAUGAAGGCCAAUGGCCUAGGUUCGGCCUUCCUAUUGCACUUAGGCUUGGCCGGCCUACCAUCUUCCCAAAGUGGAGGAGUGGACGUUGUAAUUUGUGGAAGUUGAGGGCUCGUCGCGGCACGCGAAAAUCCCGCCGCUUACUAACGGCUCCGUCUACUGACUUUGGAAAUUUAGGUGAGUUUGAAGCUCGUUUAGCUCGAGGGAGCCGAGGCGGCGGGAAUUGGGCGCCCGGGCGAUUUAUUUUGGCGGAUUUCGUGCUUCUUUGCCCGCGAUCGAUCGGGCGAGCUCGUGGAAUUCUCAGGAGGAAUUCGUGGCGGAUCUACGAGUUCUUCUGGAAGCAUUUUUUCUCUCUCUCUCUCUUUCUCUUUCCGCGUUGUGAGGAGAGACUAUCCAUGGAUGGGUCCACGAUGGUAGGACCAAGGCAAAGGAGCUGUGUUUUUUUGCCUAGUCGCUAUAUCGAGGAGCUGGAUGGUGCUUCCAGCCCGGGACUAGUUUCAAAAAAGGCUGCUUUCUUCGAGGAGGCUAUUCAGUCGGCUUCCAGCGAGAGAUGCUCGGUUUCUAGCAGAAGAAGUAGAAGAGCCAGCAGCGCUUGCAAGAUUGGCGACGACGAUGUGAUCGAUCAGAGCGAUGCCACUGUCCGGACGCUGGAUUUUUCUUCCGGGUGCGAGGAAUCCAAGGACAGUUCUUGCGAAGAGCACUCUGAUACGGUCUUGGAGGAAAUUAAACUGGAUGGAACGAGUUUAGUGGACGGAGAAAAUAUUGACAAAGUUGGCAGCACUACAACCAUCUCGAGUGGUGUUGGCUCGGCUCUCAAAGAAAACAAGGACCCGGACGAUGAUGGCAGACAAAGCCAGGAAGCUCCUGCCGUGCAGCAGACAAAAAAUAAUGCCAAGCCUUCCAUGCGCAAGGGAAAUAAAAUGCAUAAAGAAAUGGUACAUCCUAUACGAGUUUGUGGCCACCUGACACAACGAGCGUGUGCAAAUAAGCGCCGAGGCUCGAUUCCCUCGGACGUGGUGGCUGAUCUGAAAAAUCCUUCUCGGCGUGUGAAUGCUGUCCGAAAAUCGACUGGUUUUCAGUCGCUCGCUCUGCCAGCUGAUAAGAAGAAGACGAGUGAAGGCACUGAUUCCAGACCGAGGCUUGAGAGACAGAUCCCGACGUCAACGAAGGCACAGGUCGGGACAACAGGUUCAACAAAACAAGAUGCGAAAGAAUAUCGAUUGGCGGAGAAAAGCCUCGAAGAGAAAAAGGACUCGAAAAAGUCUUCUCCAAAUGCCGGUCACCGUCGAAGUCAAGAGUUCCAGCUGAAGUCAGGAGAGCGAGCGCAAAAGAGAAAAGAGUUCUAUGCAAAGCUGGCGGAAAGGCUGGCUGCCAAGGAACAAGAGAAGAACCAGAUCAAGGCUAAAUCACAGGAGGAGAAAGAAGCUGACCUUCGUAAGCUGAGACGAAGCCUGACUUUCAAGGCCAAGCCAAUGCCAGAUUUCUAUCAUGAACAGCCUGCUGAGUCAAAGCCAAGUAAGAAGGUACCGGCAACACGAGCAAUCUCUCCAAGAUUGGGACGACUUGAGAGAAAAACGAGCGUGGACACCCAUCAUGAACACCAUCACGUCCGCUUGUGCCAGCAGCAGCGUCAUCAUUCGGCAUAUCCCUCUCUCGCACCAGCUUCAAAGAAAAAAACUCCAAGCGCCGGGAAGUCUCGCUCUGGAACAGCAAACGCUUCCUCCUCCACUUCAUCGCCAUCACUGCUAUCGACAAACCAAACAGCGGUGCAAUCGAGCUGCGGCAGCAGUUCCUCCGUGGAGAUCAGACGAGAGGACGGGACAACCUUGUUGGCUAGCUCGGUUUAAAUCAACGCGAAAGACAACGUUUGGCAGAACAGCAAGUUCUUUCUUAGGAUCAAGGAACGAGGUAUUUUUUUGCUCUUUCUUCCUUUGGUUGUAUAUAUUGGAGACCAUGGAAACGAUCGCUUGCGUUUCCAAUCACAGUGGCAUUUUGACUUUACAUUCAAGACUAAGUUUCGCGUCGACGUC